AAGGCAGGGGGAAGCGAGCACUCGCUGCCUGCGCUGCCGAGCCGGGUGUCUCUCGCCAGCCCUCCAGCCCCGCCAGCCUUGGCCAUGAGCACCACCACUGUCAGGCAAUACUCCUCCUCCACCUCCCUCAAGGGACUCGGUGGCCUGGGCGGGGGCUCCAGCAGGCUUUCCUCCGUGCGCGUGGGGGGCGCAGGGUACAGAGCCCCCAGCGUCCACGGAGCCUCUGGCAGCUACUCUGUCUCUUCCCGCAUCGUCUCGGGGCUCGGCAGUGGCUAUGGGGGCAGCUACUGCAGCAGCGUAGGAGGGGGCCUCGGCAGCGCCUUUGGGGGCAGCUAUGGGGCCGGCUUCGGGGCCGGCUUUGGGGGCGGCUUUGGGGGCGGCUUUGGGGGUGGCGAUGGCAUCCUCCCGGCUGGCGAAAAGGAGACGAUGCAGAACCUCAACGACCGCCUGGCUGCCUACCUGGACAAAGUGCGUGCCCUGGAGGAGGCCAACACGGACCUGGAGGUCAAGAUCAGGGAAUGGUACAAGAAGCAGGGACCUGGUCCAGACCGCGACUACAGCCCCUACUACAGGACCAUCGAGGAGCUCAGGAACAAGAUUCUUUCUGCGACUGUUGAAAAUGCCAACAUCGUCUUACAGAUCGACAACGCCAGGCUGGCAGCGGACGACUUCAGAACCAAGUUUGAGACGGAGCAGGCUCUGCGCCUGAGCGUGGAGGCCGACAUCAACGGCCUGCGCAGGGUCCUGGAUGAGCUGACCCUGGCCAGAGCUGACCUGGAGAUGCAGAUCGAGAACCUGAAGGAGGAGCUGGCUUAUCUCAAGAAGAACCACGAGGAGGAGAUGAACGCCCUGCGCGGGCAGGUAGGUGGAGAGAUCAGCGUGGAGAUGGAUGCUGCUCCCGGGAUCGACCUCACCAAGAUCCUGGCCGAGAUGAGGGAGCAGUACGAGAGCCUGGCGGACAAGAACCGCAGGGACGCCGAGCAGUGGUUCUUCAGCAAGACGGAAGAGCUGAACCGGGAGGUGGCCAUCAACACGGAGCAGCUCCAGAGCGGCAAGACGGAGAUCACGGAGCUGCGCCGCACCAUCCAGAGCCUGGAGAUCGACCUGCAGUCCCAGCUCAGCACGAAAGCGGCGCUGGAGGGCACCUUGGCCGACACUGAAGCCCGCUACGGCACCCAGCUGGCCCAGCUGCAGGCGCUGAUCACCAGCGUGGAGGAGCAGCUGGGCGAGCUGCGCUGCGACAUGGAGCGCCAGAACCACGAGUACAGGGUCCUGCUGGACGUCAAAUGCCGCCUGGAGCAGGAGAUCGCCACGUACCGCCGGCUCCUGGAGGGCGAGGACGCCCACAUCUCUUCCCAGUACUCCUCUGCCAUGGCCUCGCACUCCGGCAGAGACGUCACGACGUCUUCCCGCCAGGUCCGCACGAUCGUUGAGGAGGUGCAGGACGGGAAGGUGGUCUCCUCCCGGGAGCAGGUUGCGCUCACCACUCGCUAGGAGGACAAGCAGCUCCGGGGACCCUCAACCCAAGAGAGCGGCGAGCUGCCCCGAGCACUCUCCGAGGCCGUAUGUGAUGGGUCACAGAAAGCUUUUCCCCUUCAGUCACCUGCUCCUCCUUCCUCUAUUCCCCUCAUUUCACGCAGGUGUCAUUGUGCACUCUGUACGCAUUUAAUAAAGCUUCUUUCCUC